GCCUGAUUUUUUAUUUUUUUUUCGGGACAGGCGUCGCUUCGGACCUGCACGUGGACCCAGAAACGGUGCGAGGUGCAGGCCUCGUUCCGGGCAAGGCCUUUUUCUCCCGUUUCGGGCCUCGCCCUUUUUCCCUUUGCCACCUGCUUUUCCCACAUUUGGUAUCGGGCUGCAGUUUCAGUCGGCGUUGUGAGGCCGACGCAGAUUGAUGCCGAUGGCAACGAAGCUGGGAAUGGGAAUCCUUGUGGCCACUGCUCACGUGCACAUCACAGUUCAGCCAUUCUAUGCCAUUUCGCCUCAGUUGCCUCCAUCGCCGUUGACCGUUCCAUUGAAACCUGAAACGCCGGGAAGAGGAAGAGGAGGAGGAGGAGAAGGAGGAGGAGGAAGAGGAGGAGGAGGACGAGGAGGAAAAGGGCGAGGCCGCCGAGGAAGAGGAGGAGAAGGAGUGCGAAGAUUGCUGCCGAUUGAAACCGGAAACGCCGGAAAGAUUGGUCGGGAAGAGGAGGAGGAGGAGGAGGAGGAGGAAAAGGAGGAGGAAGACCAGGAGGAAAAGGCCGAAGUCGGCGAGGAAGAGGAGGACAAGGAGUGUGAAGAGGAGAGGGAGGAGGAAAAGGAGGAGGAAGACCAGGAGGAAAAGGCCGAAGCCGGCGAGGAAGAGGAGGACGAGGAGUGCGAAGAGGAGAGGGAGGAGGAGGGAGGAGGAGGGAUGAGGUGGCGGCAAAAAGGCGAGGAGGAGGAGGAGGAGGAGGAGGAGGAGGAGGAGGAGGAAGACGAGGAGGAGGAGGAGGAGGAAGACGAGGAGGAGGAGGAGGACGAGGACUGGGAGGAAAAGGCCGAAGCCGGCGAGGAAGAGGAGGAGGAGGGCGAAGAAGCGGUGGAGGACUGUGUUUGCAACUGCAGCUGUUGCAGCGAUGCUGCUGGUUCCUCCGAUGGUCCGGUUUCGCGGAGGGUCUGGCGCCUCGACGACCCUGGAUCCUCCGGUGGCCCGGCGCCUCGACAACCUCGGACCGUCCGAUGGUCUAGUGUCGUCGAGGCGCCGGACCCUUCGACGCUCUGGCGCCUCGACGACGCCGGACCACAGUGGGUGCAGCUGUUGCUGAUGUUGUUGCUGGUGCAACUGCUGCAGGUGCUGUUCAAAACCGCUGGUGCAACUGCUGUUGUACGAUACCGCUAUGGGGUUGCUGCUAUUCGAAACCGUGCCAGGCCAUCCGAUGGUCUGGCGCCGUCAAGGCGCAAGACCCUCCGAUGGUCUGGCGUCGUCGAGACGCCGGACCCUCCAAUGGUCUGGCGUCGUCGAGACGCCGGACCCUCCAAUGGUCUGGCGUCGUCAAGGCGCCGAACCCUCCAACGCGCCAGACCCUCCAAUGGUCUGGUGCAGCUGCUGCUGCUGCUGUUCGAUACCGCUAUGUUGCUCAUGGUGCAGUUGCUGCUGCUGCUGCUGCUGUUCGAUACCGCUAUGGGGUUGCUGCUGUUCCAAACCGCGUCGGACCCUCCGAUGCUGCUGCUGCUGCUGUUUGAUACCGCUAUGGGGUUGCUGGUGCAGCAGCUGCUGCUGAUGCUGUUCGAUACGGCUAUGGGGUUGCUGCUGUUCCAAACCGCACUGGACCCUCCGAUGGUCUGGCGUCGUCGAGGCGCCGGACCCUCCAAUGGUCUGGCGCCUCGACGACGCCGAACCAUAGUGGGCGCAGCUGCUGCUGCUGUUCGAUACCGCUAUGCUGUCGCUGGUGCAGCUGCUGCUGCUUCUGUUCGAUACCCCCAUGUUGCCGAUGGUGCAGCUGCUGCUGCUGCUGUUCGAUACCGCUAUGGGGUUGCUGCUGUUCCAAACCCCUCCAGACCCUCCAAUGGUCUGGCGUCGUCGCGGCGCCGGACCCUCCAAUGGUUUGGCGCCUCCACGACGCCGGACCAUACUGCUGCUGCUGUUCGAUACCGCUAUGUUGUCACUGGUGCAGCUGCUGCUCCUGCUGUUCAAUACCGCUAUGUUGCUGAUGGUGCAGUUGCUGCUGCUGCUGCUGCUGCUGCUGUUCGAUACCGCUAUGGGCUGCUGCUGCUGCUGCUCGAUACCGCUGUGUUGUCGCUGGUGCAGCAGCUGCUGCUGCUGUUUGAUACUGCUAUGGGGUUGCUGGUGCAGCAACGGCUGCUCCUGCUGCUCGAUACCGCUACAGGGUUGCUGCUGUUCCAAACCGCGCCGGACCCUCCGAUGGUCUGGCGUCGUCGAGGCGCCGGAUCCUCCAAUGGUCUAGCGCCUCGACGACGCCGGACCAUAGUGGGUGCAGCUGCUGCUGAUGUUGUUGCUUGUCCAACUGCUGCUGAUGCUGCUGCUGUUCCGGGGUUGCUGGUGCAGCUGCUGCUGCUGCUACUGUUUGAUACCGCUAUGGGGUUGCUGCUGUUCCAAACCAUGCCGAACCCUCUGAUGGUCUGGCGUUGUCGAGGCGCCAGACCCUCCAAUGGUCUGGCGCCUCGACGACGCCGGACCAUAAUGGGUGCAGCUGCUGCUGAUGUUGUUGCUUGUCGAACUGCUGUAGCUGCUGCUGCUUCUCGAUACCGCUAUCUGCUGCUGCUGCUGCUGUUCGGUACCACUAUGGGGUUGCUGUUGUUCCAAACCACGCUGGACCCUCCGAUGGUCUGGCAUCAUCGAGGCGCCGGACCCUCCAAUGGUCUGGCGCCUCGACGACGCCGGACCAUAGUGGUUGCAGCUGCUGCUGAUGUUGUUGCUGGUCCAACUGGUGCUGCUGCUGUUCGAUACUGCUAUGUUGUCGUUGGUGCAGCUGCUGCUGCUGCUGUUCGAUACCGCUGUGUUGUCCCUGGUGCAGCAGUUGCUGCUGUUGUUCGAUACCGCUAUGGGGUUGCUGGUAUAGCAGCUGCUGCUGCUGUUCGAUACCACUAUGGGGUUGCUGGUGCAGUUGCUGCUGCUGCUGCUGUGCGAUACCGCUAUGGGGUUGCCGCUCUGCUGUUGUUGCUGUUCGAUACCGCUAUGGGUUUGUUGGUGCAGCAGCUGUUGUUGCUGCUGUUUGAUACCGCUAUGGGGUUGUUGCUGUUCCAAGCCGCGCCGGACCCUCCAAUGGUCUGGCGUUGUCGAGGCGCCGGACCUUCCAAUGGUCUGGCGCCUCAUCGACGCCGGACCAUAGUGGGUUCAGCUACUGCUGAUGUUGUUGCUGGUCCAACUGCUACUGAUGCUGCUGUUGUUCCAUACCACUAUGUUGUCGCUGGUACAGCUGCUGCUGCUGCUUCUGUUCGAUACCGCUAUGUUGUCGCUUGUGCAGCUGCUGCUGCUGCUGUUCGAUACCGGUAUGGGGUUGCUGCUAUUCCAAACCCCGCCGGACCCUCCGAUGGUCUGGCGUCGUCGAGGCGUCGAACCCUCCAAUGGUCUGGCGCCUCGACGACGCCAGACCAUCCGGGUGUUGUUGCUGCUGAUGUUGAUGUUGGUGCAACUUCUGCUGAUGCUGCAGGGAAUCAUUGUCGACACCGUGCUGUUCGAAACCGCUGUCGGGUUGCUGAUGAUGAUCUUGCAGGUGCGGCUGCUGCUGCCGCUACUGCUGCGGAUGUUGUUCCUAGCGCAGCUGCUGCUAAUGCUUGGUGGUUACUACCCGUGCGGGGGUAUCAAGACUUACUCGUUGAUAAGAACAUGCCUGACGAGGAGUACAUGAGAUUCUAUUUGACGACGUGUUUCGACAGCGACGGUCACCAGGUGACUGACAACUACAAGCUCGUGUCUCUCAAAGUCGACAAGUUCCAAGGUUAUGGCAUCCGCUUUGCAUCAAUGCCGCCGUUCGACAAGUCGAAGAAGAAGGAUGCGUCGCAGAUGGUGAUGCUUACGCCGUUCGAGUUCCUCAAACGCAUUAAUUGCUAUAAGGUGUCGAACCACAUCGUGGCGAUUGACAACAACCUGCAGUUGUCAACUCCCUUCGUGCCCUUCGACUGUGAUCUUGGAGACUUCGCAGACAUCGUGCGACGUCACAAGCUGCAGGCGAUGGGCGAAGCCGUUUUGCGAACUACCGUAUCUGUGAGCUCGCCGCAGGCGAUAGGCAAGAGUUGUGGGGAGUCGAAAACAUCCGCCCGUAUAAGCAAAAGUGGGGCCGCAUCGACACAGGCAAAGAGCGUGAGCAAAUCAGCAUCUCUGCUCCAGCCAAAGGGUGUGUCUGCGACGCGGGCACCAUCACAUGCAGAAUAUGUGGCACACGUUUCUUUGACUCUGGCUGGUGGGGCCACUGACCAUGAGGAUGACGACGAAAACACAGAGGAGGACUCACGCUUCAAAGAGUGGGAAGGUGGGCGGUGGCCCGAUGGCAACAACGCGAAAGACACGGAAGGGAACAACGAUGAACAACGGUCCCGCGACGGCACACACGAUGAAGAGGGAAGCUUGGAGGAUGACUUGGCCGAAGGCGAUGGUAGUGAAGGCCAAGAGGAUGGUGAAAAGGCGGGAACAGUCUUUUAUGCCACAAGUCAUGAUGGUCCGGCAGAAGAUGACGAUGUGUUGCAUGGCACACAUAGGUCUGUGUGCAUGCGCAAGAGGAAAAUGAGAUGUGAGAAACCAGAGGAAGAGAAGCGGAGACAAGCUAAGCUCAUCAGCCUACACGCCUCAAAGAAGGCUUACAAGAGAUCCUUGGAGGCCCAAUCCGCUGAACCAGCAAAGGAAAAGUGUGAACGAACUCGAUCUUCCCAGAGACUGAAGAAGAAAGCAAAGGCCGAGGAGACAAAGGAAGUGGCAGACUCUGGGGACGAAGCAGCGGGGGUCGACCCGAGAGAUACAGCGUCGAAGCCUGGAGAGUUGACCAACGACACUAUCGACACCACGAGAUGUUUUUUCCUGGAAUACGACGGGGAAGACAAUGCGAUAGAUCGUCCUACCCAAGUGUUCGUUGACGUGGUCAAAAUACUGCCCAACCCUUCGGAAGGCGUGCAAUACAACCACAGGCCGUUGAACGAGAUGUUAAUCACCUCCAUCAGGGACGCAAUGGAACACCCGGAAAAGCAGAAGGAGUGGGACAGAAACACGUGGAUUCUUGCUCCUGUCGUUGAAGUGCAGAAGGAUGGCCGGAAGCAGUGGGAACAUGUGAAGCCGGAGGAGUGGGAUGAUGACAAGGCUGCCUCCUACCAUUGGUACACCGUGGGCGGACAACAUGCAACGGAGGCAGCAAAGAGGCUGGUCGCUGCAAAAUCGUCUGCUGCCCACAAGUGGGGCGUGCAUUCUUGGAAGGCGCGGGUUGUGUAUUUUGACGACGACCAUUUGGAGGGGUAUGCGUACAUCCCCACGUUUGACAACACCAGGGAGACAUGUGCUAUCCCGUCGUCGUUUCGAAUGGUUGUGACUGCUAUAAGAGGAAUGUGGCAGAGUAUAAAAGAGUCAAAAGGAGGGCAUGUGAAAAAACUGAUGAACAUGCAAGACCUGUACGUGGAGGUGAGAAGGGGGAGAUAUAUGGUUCGCAUGUUUAACUAUGUCCUCUUCAAGAUAGAGCAGAGGUCGGAGGAGGAGUGGAAUGACAAGUUCUUCAUUGGCUACGAUACCAUAAUGAGGCGGUUUGCACCACGAGGGUUGACGACAGAGAAAUGGGAAGAAACCAAGUCCAAGAUCGUAGCAGAUAAUACUAUCAAUGUCCCGAAACGAUUGGGCGGCGUGGAUGAGGCGAAACUAGGGAAAAGGAAUGUCGGGGGCCACAAGGUGACGACUGCAAUGUAUAUGGAGUGUCCGUACUUCCUCAAGUUUUUCGUGCAUGAGAUUCUUGGUGCAGUUGACCAAUUGAGGGACGAGCUGAGACGGAUCAACUCAAAUGCUCAGCAGAUAAUACCUCAACAUCGUGCAGACCGAGACAUGUUUAUGAAGCUCGGCAAGAAGAGAGACGUUUUGUGGAGCUAUCUGUUCUGCAAUGCACCCGCAACACCAACAGAUGCAGAUUAUCUGCACCGUAAGGUGAUAGCGAUCCAACAUCUGCAAGGAUAUCACAACGCCAAACGAGGUGCAAUUGAGAUAUUUUUGGUGCGAUGUGAGCACCUAUGGUUUGAAAGGAAGCGAGACAAACUUGAUGUCAAGGUUUACUGCGAGGAAAUGGAUGUUGGGGAGCAGUUUGACAUUAUGGACAGUGAGGAGGAAACGGAGGAUGAGGAGAUUGACCUGCCAUUGUCGGGUGCGCAUCACAAUGCAGUGAGAGAGGAAACACCUUCGUUGUCCGCUUUGGGUGGUCAACAAGCGAUGGAGGAAGAUGUUGGCGGCAAUAUCGCGAGUACCAGGACCGAAAAUGUGAUGCGCGAAACAACGCCGAACACAGGUGGUGCAAUGGAAGGCAGCACAUCCAAGUGCGGCAUGAAGGAAGCAACCACAGGAUUCGUUUCGCUGGUGAGGAUAGUUCGCAAUGACAUAGAAGGAGCAACGGACGACGAGACUCAAAAUGUUUCGCAUGCAGACAAGGAAUCAGAGGACGGCCCAGAUGGGAUAGACAUAGAGGAUGAUCACCUCUUUCACAUCCCGAACGACGCCCCCAAACAACUUGCACUGGGUGAUAGCAUAUCAUAUGACAUGAAGGAGAUGAAAGGAGGACCUCACUUUCUAGACAUGAAGGAAAGAGUCAUCAGGAGCAGGUUUUAUGAAAUAGCGAAGGACAACUUGUCUACCUGCGUGAAGCAGGCGAACAAAGAUGCGCCAGACCACAAAAUAUCAGACAAAGUGAACUCGUUGUUCGAAUUCCUGCGUGAAAAUCACCUUCUCGAGUAUUGCGCUGCGUUCUACGACAAGAAAUCGAGUCCGUCUUAUGGAGUUGCCAUCUGGUCUGUGGACUACCGUGCAACGGACUGUAUGUUCGACAGCGACAUACUUCUGGGAUGCAGUCAAGGCCUUGAGGGACACACGGGUGCAAGGAAGAAGAUCGAUUCAACAGCAGCAGCAGGUGGUGGCGAGAGUGUGGCAGACAAGGAAGGGCAUAUCAGGAUGCAAAACACAAAUGGAGAUGAGUUCGCAGAGCAGCCAUCAAGCACACCGCAACCAACACUUGGACCGUCAGAAGGCAUCAGUGCAGUAGGAGUCAGAAGUGAGACAACACCAACAGCAGGCGGGGAAGUUGCACACGUGCAUGGCGACGACGGGAAGGACGAAAAGAUUGAAGAGGACCAGGGACAAAAAGCAUCAGACGAAGAAGGGUCAAAAUUUCAGGCACAUGAGGGAGUGGAGGCGGUGGCAAGGAAUGUCGAUUCGCAUUCCAAGCAGUCGCAUACGACUGUCAUCACUUCACAUGCGCAAGGCACCGACGAAGCUACCAGGGAGCAAAGUGCGCAUGAGAAAGAAGAGGGGAAAGGACCAGUGCAUAUGGAAUGCACUGGUCCAGGAACGUAAAUAGUUUCGGAGUCAACAAUCGCAGAAAUGAGAGAUGAUUUGGAGGGUGUCAGUGCGGCAGAGCAUGAAAAGGUUCCAAGCACGGCAAAC